AGCUUGCUUUCUAAAGCACAAGGACUAGGCUCCAGCUCAGUCAAACUUCGAGGGGGCUCACUGUUUAUGAAUGUUGGGAAAUCUGAGAAGCAAGAAGAAGAUUUUAGACAAACACCUCAUGUGAACAUCAAUCCCUUCACUCCCGACUCCAUGUUCCUUCACAACUCUGAAGGAAAAUGUCGUAGGAGGAAGAGGAUACACUGGAACGACUCUUGUGGAGAGGACAUGGAACCAAGUGAUGGAGAGCCUGAAGAGGAAACCAUGAGACCUGCUAAGAGGAUAACAAUAACAGAAAGUAAUAUGAAGUCACGGUAUGCAACUGAAUUUCAUGAACUGGAGAAGAUUGGAUCUGGUGAAUUCGGUUCUGUGUUUAAAUGUGUGAAGAGGUUAGAUGGCUGCAUUUAUGCAAUAAAGCGAUCCAAGAAACCCUUGGCUGGCUCAGUGGAUGAGCAGAAUGCUUUAAGAGAGGUCUAUGCACAUGCAGUUCUGGGACAGCAUUCUCAUGUAGUGAGGUACUACUCUGCAUGGGCAGAAGAUGAUCAUAUGCUUAUACAGAAUGAAUAUUGCAAUGGUGGCAGUUUAGCAGAUGCCAUAAGCGAAAAUUACAGGAAUAUGCGUUACUUUACUGAACCAGAACUGAAGGACCUGCUACUUCAAGUGGCUCGAGGUUUAAAAUACAUACAUUCAAUGUCACUUGUACACAUGGAUAUCAAACCUAGUAAUAUUUUCAUAUCUAGGACAUCAGUCCCGAGUAUAACUUUAGAAGAAGGUGAUGAUGAUGACUGGUCAUCUGAUAGAGUCAUAUUUAAAAUAGGUGACCUUGGUCAUGUAACUCGAGUAUCCAGUCCCCAGGUGGAAGAAGGUGACAGCCGUUUUCUUGCGAAUGAAGUCCUACAAGAGAACUACACUCAUUUGCCUAAAGCAGAUAUUUUCGCUCUCGCUCUGACUGUUGUCUGUGCUGCUGGGGCUGAACCACUGCCAACUAAUGGGGACCAAUGGCAUGAAAUCCGACAAGGGAAACUACCUAGACUACCACAAGUGCUUUCUCAAGAACUACUAGACUUACUAAAAGUUAUGAUUAAUCCUGAUCCAGAGAAAAGGCCUUCAGCUGUGGCACUAGUCAAACAUUCAGUGCUUCUCUCUGCUGCAAAAAAGAGUGCAGAGCAGCUCCGGAUAGAACUGAAUGCUGAGAAAUUCAAAAACUCACUCUUGCAGAAAGAGCUGAAGAAGGCACAGAUGGCAAAGGCUGCGGCCGAGGAGCGAGCGCUGUUCACUGACAGAAUGACAACGAGAUCUACAACACAAAACAGACCAUCUCGACUCAUUGGGAAGAAAAUGAACCGCUCACUUAGUCUUACUAUCUACUAACUAUGAAGUCUGAAAGAACUACUGAGAUGGCUGUGGCAUCUCUGCUGGACUGAAGCCUCAGGAAUAGAAGGAAGCAUUCAAUUCCUGGUUUCUUGUCCUAUCUGUGAUCAGUGUCACUAGUUUUACAUCUAUUGCUUCUGGGUUUUCACUUGUACUAUAUGGCUGACUAUAGCUGUAUUAACCAUUUGAGUUUAUGGACUCGGUUACUCUCUUGUCUGUAGAGGAUCCUGGAUGUUGAUCCAUAAGCCUUUCGGUUACACUGUUAGAUGUUAUGUUGUCCCAGGGUUAACCACUAUAGUGGUGUGCUGCUUUGUAGCGUUACAGCAUUGUAAUAAGAAGCAAUAUCCCUAAUCUUUAAGAAGGAGGGAGGGGGCCUUGCUUUGAUAGUUAAUUUUUUUUGGAGCAGUGGGGAAUAAAUUUUGAAAGACAGGCUUUGAGGCCACCUACAGUCAAUAUACCUGAUGUCAGGUAGACUUUCGUUGUGAAUUUUAUUUUGUGUAUUCAACUGGGAGCACUUUGUAGGCAUUGCAUAAACCACAGCUUAGAAACCUGUGGAAUUAAGUGCCAUGUGGAACUGCUGCUAUUUUUAGUUUGUUGUCCUUGCUGUAAACUGUAGCAUUAAAACAAUCAUUAUUGUGUUAAUAGGCUUCUUGUUAAAACAAUUAAGUGAAACAUGUAAGCUGCAUUUUAGUGAAGGCAGCAUUUUUCUCUCAAAGCUAGUGCAUUGUGAAAUAAUGCACCAAUUUAAUAUUUGGACUCUGUAUUAGUGUAGUGCAAUUGUUAAUGUCUUUGCUAUUGAUGUUUUGUAAUUCUUUUUAAUAAGGUUCUCAAAAUGUUCAUAUUUUCUUCAGUUGCCUGUUCCUGAGGCUAUUGUACGUUUGUUUCUUUUAUGUUGGAGUACUUGUAAAUAGUUUAGUGUGUUCAGGUUGUUUUUCACUGUUUAUGUACAUAAGUUUGAUUGUGCUUAUAGUGUACUAUACUGAAACUGCAGUCUGGGAUGCCAACAGCUUAACUGUUUGGUUUUAAGUUCCAAAAUAUUGAACAGAAUGUGGCCAUCAGAACCAGUGCUGAUACUGAACCUAGGCUGACAGAAGAACUGUUCUAAUUACUGGCUUGUCUCUUCAUGCAUUUUACUCUAAAAAAUGUUUCCCAUUUGUGCUCUAUUUGUUCUUACUAGUGUUGAAUUUGAAUAUUAAAGUUAAAAGUUUCAUUUGUUUAA